CUUUUGGACGAGAUCAUGUGAUAGGUCUUGUGAGAGGUUUGUCCUAUGCGGUAGUUUGUUAAAAGUAGAGCAGGCAGAAAUUUCAACAUGGCCAACUGGAGCUGUGUUUUUUUGUCUCUGUUGAUGGGAAGUUGUUAUUGUCAGUAUAAACCUACAUGGGAGUCGAUUGAUUCGAGACCCCUGCCUGAAUGGUUUGAUCAAGCAAAGUUUGGGAUCUUUAUACACUGGGGUGUGUUUUCAGUCCCCAGCUACGGCAGCGAAUGGUUCUGGUGGUAUUGGCAAGGCCAGAAAAUCCCAUCGUAUUUGUUAUUUAUGGCUGAAAACUACGCCCCUGGAUUCCAGUAUCAAGACUUUGCACCGCAAUUCACUGCUGAGUUCUUCAAUGCCAAGGACUGGGUAGACAUCUUUGCAUCAUCAGGAGCAAAGUAUAUUGUCCUCACAACUAAACAUCAUGAAGGUUAUACCUUGUGGGGUUCAAAGUACUCCUGGAACUGGAAUGCAGUGGAUGUUGGGCCAAAGCGCGACCUAGUUUACGAAAUAUCCAGUGCUUUACGGAAGCACAGUGACCUGCGCCUAGGACUCUACCACUCUCUCUUUGAAUGGUUUCACCCUCUUUUCAGAGCAGAUGCUGACAACAAUUUUACUACCUCUACAUUUCCUCAAGAGAAGACCCUGCCUGAGCUUUAUGAGAUCAUAAACAAGUACAAACCAGAAGUACUAUGGUCUGAUGGAGACGGAAAUGCCCCAGACCAGUAUUGGAAUAGCACUGGGUUCCUUGCCUGGCUAUACAACGAGAGCCCUGUGCGGGACACUAUUGUGACUAAUGAUCGAUGGGGAAAGGGUAGUAUUUGUACACACGGCGGAUAUUACACAUGUGCUGACCGCUACAACCCAGGACACCUGCUGAAGCACAAAUGGGAGAACUGCAUGACAAUUGACCAGCGCUCAUGGGGCUAUAGACGAGAUGCUCAGUUCAGUGACUACCUCACCAUUGAACAGCUGAUUACGACCCUUGUGGAGACUGUGUCGUGCGGCGGGAAUUUGUUAAUGAAUGUGGGUCCAACACACGAUGGCCGCAUUAUUCCCAUAUUUGAGGAGCGAUUAAGGCAGGUGGGCCAGUGGCUGAAGGUUAAUGGUGAAGGAAUCUACAAUACAACUGCUUGGAAAGCGCAGAAUGACAGCGUUACACCUGGAAUUUGGUACACAUGGAAGCCAAAGGAAAAGGCAGUCUAUGCGUUUUUGCUUUCAUGGCCAAGUAGUGGAUAUGUUAUUCUCAGUGAUCCUAUAGUGUCAGAAGCUCAAACACAGGUGGUGUUACUGGGCUACAAACCGCUGAAAUGGAUCCCAAUGAAGCCAAAUGGUCUACAGGUCUACCUUCCUCCUCUGUCUCCUGGUCAGAUGCCCUGCUCCUGGGCCUGGACUAUUCGUCUGACUGCUGUAGAUUAAGGACAUUAAUCAUCUUGCAGAAUUGCACGUAUUAAUAUGGGCAUGGCAAAUAAGCUAUGCCAUUCUAGCAUUUUGUGAUUUUGAAUUUUUAUCCUGUUGUCUCAAUGUUUUUUUUUAUGAGUUUGAUUAUCUUUGAGGGUUUUUUUUCUAUAAUGGAAUACGGUGUAUGUACGUGAAUAUCUAAUGAAACGUGUGUGUGUGUGUGUGUGUGUGUGUGUGGUUUGCAUUAACAAUCAAAAUUCUAACUACUGUAUGUGCAAAGCCCUGUAUUAUUUUAUCAUAACCCCAAAAAGAAAGAAUGUAUUUUAAAUUACUCAGGGAUUGGGAAAUAUGCCAACUGGACAAUUUUUUUUUUUUUUUUUUUUUUAGAUUUUAUAAAGCAAAAUGUCUGGGUGAAUUAAUAAUAAUAAAAAAAUUAAUGACAAAUAAAAU